CAUUCAAUUGCUUCAAUGGAAACGGCGGUGCAUCGUCAUCGUCUGCGUUGGACUUCAGCUUACACCUCAGCGAUAUCCAAUCAUAAACAAGCAAAGAAAGAGAAUGUCCGGACCCACACGGGGUUGGGCAUGACCAUGAGAGGAGUUCUAGCCCUAAAACGUGUGCUUCCUUCAAAUUCAAAUCCAGUCAUCACCAACUCCAAUUAUCCACCACGAUCCCUUGGGCCUCGUUGCAGGAGGAAAUCGAUGGCCGACGAAGCACCGAAUAAGACCCUUCCAUAUGAAUCGGCAACGAAGCAGGGUAUCGACAGCAAAGCAAAAGAAGAUGAUGCAGAAUCGAAGCAGUCGCGGGCUCCACCGCCGCCGGAGAAGCCGUUGCCUGGGGAUUGUUGCGGAAGCGGAUGCGUUCGGUGCGUUUGGGAUGUGUAUUACGAGGAGCUCGAGGAAUACAACAAGCUAUACAAAACUGAAUCGGAGGCCAAUUCAAAUUCAAAGUCCUCUUGACAAAAUAUGAAGGUGGGUCUGGUUAUUCUGGCAGGGGUGGCUUUGCUGCUGCUAGGGACGGCACCAAUUGGAGCCAAAGCCUCCACUUCUGCUUCGGCAUUCGUACACAACGCCAUCUACUCCAACAAAAUUGCCAUUUUCUCCAAAUCCUACUGUCCGUAUUGCAUGCGUUCCAAGCGUAUAUUCAGUGAACUCCAUGAGAAACCCUUUGUUGUUGAGCUUGAUCUUCGAGAUGAUGGGCCCCAAAUUCAGAGUGUUCUUCUAGAUCUGAUAGGACGGCGUACUGUUCCGCAAAUAUUUGUGAAUGGCAAACAUAUUGGUGGCUCUGACGAUCUCAAAGCUGCAGUUGAGAGUGGUCAAUUACAGAAACUUCUAGAAGCAAGUUGAUGAAAUGAGGAACACAAAUAUCCAAUAUGAAGCUGCAUAUAAUUAAAAAAGUUUUUUUGCUCCUCAAAGUAGGUCCAAUUUAAUGUAGCUUAAUGGUAACCGGAACUCAUGUUGAUGUACUGACGAACUUGCUAAUAACUAUGAGAAUAUCACGAAAUUCGUUUUCUUUUUAUUAGAGAUUAUAUUAAUGUAUAAAAAUUUUCCUAGAUGUGCUUUUCAUCUAAUUACUUAUGUACUUCUGACGGUUAAUUUUGCAUCUACCAUUGUUCUUUCUGAUAGUUA